AUGCUAGACACAGGUAACUUUGUACUUGAACAACUUCACCCCAAUGGAACUAAGAGUUUAUUGUGGCAGAGUUUUGAUUAUCCAUCAGAUAUUUUGAUCCCAGCAAUGAAGUUAGGUGUUAAUCGAAAAACGGGACAUAAUUGGUCUCUAAUUUCGUGGUUGACUCCUUCACUGCCAUAUUUGGGUGAAUUUAGUCUUGAAUGGGAACCAAAAGAAGAAGAAUUGAACAUUAAGAAACGCGGGAAAGUGUAUUGGAAAAGCGGAAAACUUGGAAAUAAUGGAUUGUUCGACAAUAUUCCAGCAAAUGUUCAACAAAAUUAUCAAUACGUUAUUAUCUCUAACAAGGAUGAAGAUUCUUUCAGUUUCAAAAUUAAAGAUCGGAACUCUAAGAUGCUUACAGAAUGGGCACUCUUCUCUGAUGGGAGGUUUGUGAGUUUGGAAGGAGAGUUGGGUAAUGCAGAUAUUUGUUAUAGAUAUAGUAAUGAUACUUGCAAAUUGCAACUACUAUGGAUAAUAAGCAUGAACAGAGUGAAAGAGGAAAAUCAUAAUCAAUGCAUAGUCAGUUUCCAAUAUAUUAUGAUAUGA